AUCAUCACUCGAUCCUCUUUUAUUACUACUCAACUCAAUAUGAACACUGUCAUCUCCCUUCUCUUCGCCGGAUUGGCUCUUUCGUCGGCUCAGGUCGCAAUCAACGGACCAUUCUUGGGACGUUACUACGUGGCUGCCAAGCCAGUGUUGGCUCCAGGAGUUGCACCACUUGCCGCUCCAGUUCUCGCUGCUGCUCCACCAGUCUUCGCUGCCCCAGCUCCACUUAUGGCUCCACCAGCACCAGUUCUCGCUUCUUCUCCAGCAUUCGCUGCCCCAGCUCCAGUCUUCGCCGCUCCACCAGCACCAGUCUUUGCUGCCCCACCAGCACCACUCUUGGCUCCACCAGCACCAGUCAUGGCUGCUCCAGCUCCACUUUUGGCUCCACCAGUCCCACCAGUUGCUCCAAUCGUCCCAGCCUUUGCCCCAAGACCAGUCCUUGCUGCCCCAGCAUUCGCUCCAGCUCUUGCCCCAGCCCCAGCUUUUGCUCCAGCUUUCGCUCCAGCAUUCGCCCCAGCUCCAGCAUUUGCUCCAGCCUUCGCCCCAGCUCCAGUCCUUGCUCCAAGACCAGUCCUCGCUGCUCCAGCUUUUGCUCCAGCCGUCCCAGCCUUCGCCCCAGCUCCACUUGUCCCAGCCUAUGCUCCAUUUGCUCGCUCCGCAUUCCUCAUCGGAGGAAACAAGUCCAAGAAGGUGUCCGUGUAAGAAGUGUUCAUCAUUAUUCGAUUAUUGUUUGUAUAUACCGACCUCCUUUUAAUAAACAUUAUUUAAUUUUCUU